CAAUGUUCAGUUGAAUGUAAAUGGAAAGCAUUACAAUUAACAUUGAAAAAUAAGCAGGACACAUAGAUACUAGCUGACACUGCCAUUGUAUGAAGAUGAUGAAAAUGAUGGCAUUGUAAACAAGAUGGAAAUCAGAUGUGGAGGGCUACUUUUUUCUUCCAAGUUUGACUCUGGAAACCUAGCUAGAGUUGAAAAGGUCACAAGAGAUGAUGACGAUUCAGAAGGUGCUGUAACAUUCAUCAGUGGUUCAGAUGUGAAGUGUGACUAUGAAUUCAAUGCUUGGACAAACCCAGAUUGUGGAGGAACACCCUUCGAGAAUGGAAACAGGUCCUGGUUCUACUUUGGAGUUAAAGGUGCAUCUGGGGGUAAGGUGAUAAAGAUCAACAUAAUGAACAUGAACAAACAGGGUAAACUGUACAAUCAGGGACAUGCCCCUCUAGUGAAGACUGUACCUGGCAAAACAAGAUGGGAGAGGAUACGAGAUAAGCCUUCUUGGGAGAUGGUUGAUGGUCAGUUUAUAUUGACGUUCACUCAUCGUUUUCUUGAGUUCAGAGGUGCUACUACUUACUUUGCCUUCUGUUUCCCACAUUCCUACAAUGAGGCACAGGAGAAGAUGAAUGUCUUGGAUUCAAAAUUUGAUCACUGCAAAAAUUUGACUCCAAAAAGCCCCCCAGACAGUAUUUACUACCACAGAGAGCUACUAUGUAAAUCCCUAGACAAUCUCCGUGUAGAUCUGCUCACUAUUUCCUCCUGUCAUGGUUUGACAGACGAGGAGGAACCAAGAUUUGACUCAAAGUUAUUUCCAGAUACUGAUACGCCAAGAUGUAAAAUAUUCAAGAAUAAAAGGGUAUACUUCCUUAGCUGUAGAGUUCACCCUGGAGAGACCCCAGGUCAGUUUGUCUACAAUGGAUUCCUCGACUUCAUUCUUAGGGAACACGACCCUAGAGCCAUUCAACUACGGAGACAAUUCCUCUUCAAGUUAGUCCCCCUGUUAAAUCCAGAUGGCGUCUACAGAGGCCAUUAUAGAACAGAUUCCAGAGGGGUAAAUCUAAACCGGAUGUACCUCGAUCCAGACUUCAGUAUAUAUCCAACUAUUUAUGCCGCAAAAAGUAUAAUGGUUUAUCAUCAUGUGCAUAAUAGAAAAGAUAAAUCGCAUAAUCCAGUAUGUGCCAAUAGAAAUGUAAACAAUUCUGCAGCAGCUAGGAAAUCACAUUCCAAAAGCGAGAACCAAGAAAGACCAAGCCUGCAGGACCCAACACUAACCACACAAUCAGAUACGAUAACUAUAGCUCCAACCAUGGAAUAUAGAGACAAUGGGACCACAGGAGUGUCCUCGAGGGAUAAAACAUACACAUAUGUAUACAAUGAUAUUUUAAAGAACUCGGAAGAACAAAACAAAGAAAUAGAUAGAACCAAACAGACUGGUUCAGUAAUCCAAAGUGCCAAACUCAAUGAAACCCAAAGCAUUAUCAAAAACUUCUCCGAUAUGGCUAUUUCCAAUCAGAUACCAACUGCUGCUACUGAUUUAAAAGAACAAACUAAUGCUAUUGUAAGUGAAGAUACAUUUAGUGAUGAUGAUGAUGCUACUGAGCAUCUUGGAAAUGAGGGAUCUGAAGAUGACGAAGAUAAUGCUGCACCAGUGUCAACAGGUAAUGUGUUUGCUCCUCACCUCUGUGACCCUAAACUUCUUAAGAUACCUCCUGAUGAGAGUGGGAUUGCAUUCUAUGUAGACCUACAUGGACAUGCAUCUAAGAGGGGCUGCUUCAUUUAUGGCAACCACUUCACUGAUGAGGAAUCUCAGAUUGAAAACAUGUUAUAUCCAAAGUUGAUCUCCACAAAUACAGCACACUUUGAUUUCACUGGCUGUAACUUCACAGAGAAGAACAUGUAUACAAAAGAUCGCAAAUCUGGUACAUCAAAAGAAGGAAGUGGGAGGGUCGGCAUGUACAAAUCUAUAGGCAUUUUACAUAGUCAAAAAAAUAUGUACACAAAGGAUAAGAGGGAUGGGUUAUCCAAGGAAGGGAGUGGGAGAGUUGGGAUGUACAAAUCAAUAGGAAUUUUACACAGUUACACACUAGAGUGCAAUUACAACACAGGACGUAUGGUGAAUUCUGUGCCACCUGCUUAUGGGGAUGAUGGGAGAGCAACACCUCCUCCAGUGGCUGGAUUCCCUCCUAAAUAUACAAUAGAACAUUAUGAAGAGGUUGGAAGGGCUUGUGCAGUUGCUGUAUUAGACAUGACGGAGACUAACCCCUGGUCUCGCCUUACUCUCUGUGAGCACAGCUGCCUGCAUGGGGUGAGGGAGUGGGUGAGGCGAUAUAUACGUAGCCUCCGAGGUCAACCGAGAAGUCUCCCUAGAAACAUGGCAAAGGCAGCAAAAGCAGCUUCAAGUGCUGUUGCUGCCGCAGCUGCUUCCCAUAAUGCAACACGUAAUUCUAAAGUAACCAAUGAUGCUUCUCGGUACUCCAAGUAUGGUGAUUCUAAAUCAAUUGAUUCAACCAAUCAGAGAACAGCGAGUCGCAAGUCAAAUCUUCCACAAAGUAAAAGGGAGUUAGGCCCUGUUAAAGAAUCUCGGCCAUGGGAAAGGAACAGACGCAAAAUGGGUGGAACAGUGUCAUCAAGUAGCACAUCCUCCUCAACUAGCAACAAGUCACCGGUAGCUGCAAAAUCCCCAAUCACCUUGACAAUGACUACAGCGACAUCUAUAGAUAUGAAAACAUUUUUUCCUGACCGUCCCUCACCUAAGCCAUUUCUAGUUAACAAGCAGUCUGCACAUAUAGGUGACACAAACAGUAAUGAUGUUAACAAAGUAUCUGAGAGCCAUACUCAGUAUAGCCCAAGGUCAUUGAACUCUCUAGUAAGAGAGUUGUCUACAGAUGGCAGUACAGUACUGUCGUUGGAAGAAGAAAAAAUUCAACAGUUGAGAAAUCUCCCCAUAUUGCACAAGCCACCAGCCCAUCUCAAUGGUGCCUCCAUACUAGAUACUCCUAAGUCAGAUCCAGUUAAGAGGAAGCUGAGACGUACAUCCCAUAGUUCAAGACGGAGAAGUUCCUCCCACAGUCCAAAAACUGUUGGACAAAAUGGCCGCAAACCAGGAAGUGGAACCUCUGAAUCUGAUAAUGGUGAAAGAACUUGGAUAAAAAGCCGGCGUAAAAAAUAUUUUGGCAAUAGAUCUAAAAGUCUCCAGGAUCCAGAGCCAGAAAGAGACAGUAUAGCAGCUGAUGGAACACUAGAAGCUACCUCUAUCAAGUUUUCUCCAAGAGCUACCACAAAAGAUCCAGAAUUGGAAAGCUUAACCAAAAAACACAGUGGCAAGUCUAAGAAAAACAAGAGGAUGAAUAAGAAAACCAUUCUCAAUAAUUCUGGAGAAGAUACUGUCAUUACACAAUUAGGGAGACAAGGAAUUGAAGAUGACAGCAAUGAUUCGGGACCCAGUGGCAUAACAGUUAGUGACAUUAUUAGAAAAACUCAACCAUUUAAACCAAAACAAAAUACUGAAACUAACUUUUGGAUUGAUUUAUGAGCUGAUUUAAAUGCCGGUAAUCUGGCAAAUUGUUGAGAACUGAACAUUCCGAAGUGAACUUAGAAUUAAAGACUUACAUGUAGUAUAUGGUAAAGAACUGUUCGAGACUAUACAAAUGGUAAGGAACUAUUCAGAACUAAACAUGUGGUAAAGAACUG